AUGGGCAUCGUAGACGUCGUUUCCACCCUCACCCAGGUUCCCAGCCUGCUCAAACUUAAAAAAGGCCUUGUACCGCGACCGGCGGAUACCGUCGACUGUUACGGUGCACGUGUGCAGGCAAAUGCUGAGCGAUUCCCAGAUCGCAACGCCAUUGUUUUCGAAGGUAAAGAAAUCAACUGGCGUGAUUUCAAUGCUCUGGCUAACCAAUACGCCAACUACUUCAAAGCCGAAGGAUUACAGCGCGGCGAUUGUGUCAGCGUCAUGAUGGAAAAUCGCAUCGAGUACCUGGCCUUGCUUAUCGGCCUUAACAAAAUCGGUGUUACGGCUGGCUUGAUCAACACCAACCUGCACGGCCGACCACUAAGUCAUUGUGUUAGCGUCACGCAUUCGAAGAAAUGCGUAUUUGGCAGCGAAGUGAGCGAAGCAAUCAGCGAAAUCAGCAGCGAGCUGGAUCUUGAUGAAGGCGAAGAUUUUUACGUAGUCCCCGAUGGCGACAAUCUUAAUGGCUGUAAUUGGGCAAAAAAUUUAUCUGAACAAGCAGCCUCUGUCGCGGCAGACAACCCACCAGACACGCAAAGCACAACGCUUGGGGAAACCUGCUUAUACAUUUUCACAUCUGGCACUACCGGCCUGCCCAAGGCUGCCGUUUUAUCCAACCGACGGUAUCUCACUGCCGCAGACUUAUCUGCCCAGGCUGGAUUAAAGAUCACGGAGAAAGAUCGCCUGUAUAUCUGCCUGCCGCUCUAUCAUGCCACCGGCUUGUUGCUUGGCGUGGGCUCAGCGUUUGCUUCCGGCGCCAGCAUGUUCAUCCGUCGAAAGUUUUCCGCCAGCAACUUCAUACCAGAAGUUCGCGACAACAAUUGUACGGCCUUUAUCUACAUCGGUGAGUUGUGUCGCUACCUGACAAACUCAGAAGCAAAACCCGACGAUCAUAAAAACCCAAUCAGGGUCAUGAUGGGCAAUGGUCUACGGCCAGAUAUUUGGAUGUCGUUUAAAAAACGCUAUGGCAUUAAUCGCAUCACAGAAUUCUACGGCGCAUCAGAGGGCAAUGUAUCGUUUGCCAACCUGUUAAACAAAAACUGUACGGUUGGCUUCACCUCAGUAGAAGUCACGUUGGUCAAAUACGACGUGCAUGAUGAUGAAAUUGUGCGUGACAGCAACGGCUUCUGUAUCCCCGUUCCGGACGGCGAGCCGGGCCUGAUGCUGGGCAAAAUAACUGAAGAUACAAUUUUUGAGGGAUACACCGACCCUGAAGCCACCGAGAAAAAGAUCAUUCGGGAUGCACUGGAAAAGGGUGACGCCUGGUUUAAUUCAGGUGACCUCAUGCGUGUUGUCGACGUAGGCUUCACCCUCGGCUACAACCAUUAUCAGUUCGUCGACAGAGUUGGGGACACAUUCCGCUGGAGGAGCGAAAAUGUCUCAACCAACGAAGUAGGAGAGAUCAUCAACGGGUUUGAGCAGGUCAAAUUCUGCAACGUUUAUGGUGUAGAGGUUCCUGGGGCUGAAGGGCGCGCAGGUAUGGCUGCCAUAACCCUGGCUGACGGUGUAGACCACCUGGACCUCGACGCUUUCUCAAAGUACGUAAAACAGGAACUACCCGCCUACGCAGUUCCGGUUUUUCUGCGUAUUCAGCCUGAAAUUGAGGUGACCGGUACAUUCAAAAUGGUCAAAGGUGAUCUGCGUGAAGAAGCGUACAACAUCGACCAGAUCUCCGACCCGGUUUUUGUCAUGGCAAGCGGCCGCGAUAACUACCAGUUGCUUGAUGACGUGAUGCUGGCGUCAAUUCGCGCAGGCGACGCAGGUUACUAA